GGCAAGAACGUGAAAACCCCGCUUGAGAGACUUGAUUUGAUCUCAGUCGAAAAUAAAGAGGGAGAAACUACACAACGCCACAACCUGCUCUUCCCACUCCCCUUCUCACCUUCAGUCUUUCUUCUCCGGCCACCAAAAUUACACGAAACACUAAUCCGGUUGAUUAUUCUUCAGUAAGAUCAAUUAAUCUUGAGAAUGCUUCCUCUGUCACUACUGAAGACGGCGCAGGGCCACCCCAUGUUGGUGGAAUUGAAGAAUGGGGAGACUUAUAAUGGGCAUUUGGUUAACUGUGAUACAUGGAUGAACAUUCAUCUUCGUGAAGUAAUCUGUACCUCUAAGGAUGGAGACAGGUUUUGGAGAAUGCCUGAAUGUUAUAUCCGGGGUAAUACUAUCAAGUAUCUACGAGUACCCGAUGAGGUCAUUGACAAAGUCCAGGAGGAGAAGAGCCGCACAGAUAGGAAGCCUCCUGGUGUAGGGCGUGGGAGAGGAAGGGGUAGAGAAGAUGGCCCUGGGCGGCAGACAAAAGGCAUUGGACGUGGUAUUGAUGAUGGAGGUAGAGGUGCUGGAGGCAGAGGUCGCAGUGGCCCUGGUGGGAAGCCUGGUGGAAAAGUACCUGGAGGCAGAGGUCGAUGAAGUGUAGCUAGGAUUGGCCGAUCCACUGGUUGCUUUGAGGUGGUGGUUUGCUGCUUUUGAUGCAUUUACCACCGUUGGAUUAAUAUUAUUUUGCCAAAACAGGACAAUGAGCAUGAGUGUGAGGAUGUGAUUAGAAAAACCAUCUAUGUGAAUCAAGUUUUUGGAUUACAGUUUUCUACUAUGAUAAUGUAAUGUAUCUUUUGAUAGGUUGUAUAACAGCUUGAGACUUUGAGUUGUCCUUUAUUCCUAUUUGUGGCUGCA